AUGACAUCACGCGAGAGCCUCAAGAGAGGCUGCUCGACUGGAUCAGCCCCUACUCCGAAGCGCUGCAAAGCUGAGCAGAACCUGACCCUCAGUGACAGUGAUGGAUCAGCUGAGUCCAUCACUAUUGAUCUUCCUACCAAUGAAUCUUCUAUCGAGGAUGCUUCCAACUAUACCCUAUCCAGUCCUGCGUCCUCUUCUGCAGCUGGCGACGACAAGCCCGUAGCCCCAACUGAUGGCAAGUCCACUCCUGUCGCUCCUUCUUUCGACGAUUCUUCUGUCGACGAGGCCUCCACCUCCACCCCUGGCACCAUUGUUGUCUCUGGAAGUUCCAAGGUCCGAGUCUACAAUCAUAACCAGCUGCUUAGCAGUCACAACAAAGGUAUUCCAGUGUGGUCUUACAACCUACAAGCUAUCUGUGAUAGCCAGGAGUAUUACAAGGCCCAUGAAAGUGGGACUUACACCAAGCAACGCUUUGUCCUCGGAGUCCGGACUGGUGGCUAUGGUGAACCUCGAGACAUGUUCGAGAGAGACUGCAUCAUCACUUGCUCUGGUGGUAAUCACUUCGAGGCCAAACACCCUAUAACUGGAAAGAGCCUCCCUGCCGGACCCAAGGGAACUGCCAAGAAGAUCCAGAUUCGCAAGCAGACCAUGCCCGCACAGGCCCAGUAUUGGGAGGACACAAUGAAGACAAAGAAGUCUGUCUUGGUUGUUAUGGAUAAGGAACACACCAGCUGGAAGUCCGGUGAGAUCGACUUGUCUAUCAUCCCCUGCGACAACAAGGACCGAGAGAAAAUUUUUGGCAUUGUGCUCGGUCGCUACUACAUUACUGCCCUAUGGCAGGAGAUGGUUAAACCUCACAUUAAACUACAGCGUAUUGGCAGCGAGAAUCCAGUCUGGUCUAAGGACAAGACUGAUGACAAGCGGGUCUACAGCGAGGUCCCCACUUGCUCUGAGCAGGCCUGCGCCACCUGCUUGAUGAAGAGCCCCAAGAUCUUCAAGAAUAUGGAGUGGAUUUGUCUCCACCACAAGUGCGACAGAUUCUUCAUUCACAAUGGCGUGAAGCUCAUGGGAAAUGAAGGUCUGGAGUACAGCGAGGAGUUCAUCAACUGGGCGAAGCCUCUGCCUGCUGACCUGGAUGUGCCUACGUGGUACACACCCCUGCCCAGUGCUGACAAUGCCAUGUACGGAACUGAGAAGGGCCAGUUCAACGGCAUGGUCUGCCCAAAAUGCAGCUGUUGCAGUCGUCGCAAGCAUUGGAAAGGCUGGGUUUGCGAGAACAACAAGUGCAGCUUUGAGCUUCGGGCUCUCUUCCGACCUGUGACUCUGGACCACAUCAGCUGUGAGAAUGAGACUCACAGCCUCAAGAUACAGCAAGACGGCGUCACGUUCAACAUUGAUGAGAGAUUUGUUGACAAAACUGUCAUCACAGACAACGACUUUACAGUGACUGCUUAUCUGAUCAAGGAUAAGAAUGGGAAGCUUGCUGGAAGCUUGAUUCACUCUCGACCUAGUGAGGCCAUCAGGUCUGAGCUUCAGAAUGCCCAUGAUCUCGAGCUGCAGCGCAAUGCAGCUCUGCACGCAGGUGGUUACCGAGAGACACUAUGCCGACACUUCUCCGUCAACUUUGGUGUUGCCUACAAAUUCCGGGUUGAUGUUCCCACUCGGGCAUUCAAGAAUGCACCUCAUGUCGUACUGAAGUCACUUGCCAUGCUCACCUUUUACGGCAAGCAAGCUGUUGAGACCACUCAGCGUCUCAUCAAUGACAAGGGCUCAUAUGUCCAUGUGCCAUCCUCAGAUAUCAUGAAGCCUUGGAAGGCCUACAAUGAAGAGUUGGUCCUUGGAUACUUUGAGGACAACCGCAUCCGCUGGCACGAUGAUGGAGAGGAGCAGCUGGAUGGUACAGUUACCACAGCCUCCUGUGGCUCACCUUCUGAGAUGAGUCUGCGUCUGCGAGGCGAGAAAAGCAAGAAGGUCAACAAGGCCGACAACAGCCCCAAGGUUGUCCUCAAGGUGCAGCUAAAGCAUGGUGAUGCCGUUACCAUGUGCGGCACGCAGCUCCAGGCCUUGUCCGAGCAUGAGGUAACACCGACUGGUGUGCGACGAUUCGCCCUCACAGGCCGCACAAUCAAUAUCAGCCACUACAAGGACCAGAAAGUCCGGGAUAAGAUGCUUGAGGCCAGUCACAUCCCUGCGCAUGCUGGCGCUUACGAGUUCCAAGGAACUCACCUCGAGCCUCAUAUUGACCAGUGA